AUGCUCCCACCACUCGCUAUUCUCUCGCUUUUCCUCAGCACCCUCAGCACCCUCAGCACCCUCAGCACCCUCAUCACCCUCAGCACCGCCAUCACAACCACGAGCACGGCGCCCACGGCGCCCACGCCCGCGCCCAUCUUCACCCACCGCACCCCCGCCAACCUGAACAAUCUAGGCUACAAACCGCUUCUCCCGCUCCUCCCACCACCACACAUCCACCGUCACCGCCACCACCACGCCCUACUCCCCCGCUCAGCACUCCCGCCCGAGCCCGAGCCCGAGCCCGAGCCCGAGCCUGAACCUGAGCUUGAGCCUAAGCCCGAACUCGAACCCGAGCCCGAACCGGAGUGUCCAGCCAAUAGCUCCUCCUGCUCUUCCCUGGGCCACGCUGAAAUCUGCUGCCCCCCCUCCCACACCUGCACCGCAACCACCCACUCGCUAGCGGGCGUAUUCUGCUGCAUUGCACCACCCUGCGGCGCCGACUACUCCUCCCACAACGAGGACGGCGCCGGCGGUGAACGACUGUACCUGCAGUGUCCACAAGGAACAUACCCCUGCCCCGCCGCCGCAAAUGGCGGGUGUUGUCCCUGGGGCUCCAGGUGCGCGGUGAGGGGG